CUUUGUCAUGGCUGAAAGAUAUCCUUAAAAAUAUUCGGUAUUCAACGCCUUAUAUACGUCUCUGUUGUUUUGUUUUAAUUUUUAACGCGAGUGAGUAAAAUUCGUUGAUUUAACACUUCAAGAAUGCCGUUGAAGAUUUACAAAGAUGGCGGAGGGAAUCCGAUUCAGUUUAUGGAGAUUAACGGUGUCAGGUACCCGUAUGUUGAGGGUGUAGACCAGGAUCACGUCGUCCAAGUGGCGAAAGAGGCUAAAGCACGAGAUGACGACAUCCUUCUUGUUACAUAUGCUAAGUCAGGUACACAUUGGACCUGGGAGAUAAUAUCUAUGCUUUGCAACGGAAACGCUGAAACUGUUCCAACAAUAAAGCAAAUGAAUAUGAUCGAAGCCAUUUCUUCAGACGAUCUGACGUCACUUGCGUCUCCAAGAGUUCUUAACACCCACUUCCGGUUCAAUGAUUUACCGAAAGACAUGGUCCGAAAAAAGACUAAGAUCGUUCUUGUUCAUCGCAAUCCAAAGGAUGUGGCAGUCUCACAUUUUCAUCAUCAUCUUAAAUUAAAAUCUUUGUAUAAUUACAAUGGAACGUGGAGUGAAUGGUUACCUUUAUUUCUUGAAGGGAAUGUCGAUGUCAAUUCAUGGUUUGACUACGUCAGAGAUUGGGAGAAAGCGAUGGAAGAAAAUCCUGACUACCCUAUACACCUAAUGUAUUAUGAAGACAUGAAAGAGGACCUUUGCCGAGAGGUGAAAAAACUUGCUGGUUUUUUAGAAUUACCAGUAUCAGCAGAACUGUGUCAAAAUAUUGCCAAAAAGUGUCAGUUUGAAAAUAUGCAAAAGGAUAAGAAAGGAUUGGAGAAUGAGUUCUGGACGAAUGUCUGGGUUAACAAGCAGCCAAACUUUUACCGAAAAGGUGUUGUCGGUGACUGGAAGAACUAUUUUACAGUAGCACAGAAUGAACAGUUUGACGAACUAUACAAACAAAAAAUGGCCGGAAGCAAACUAAAUUUCAGAUUUGAAUUGUGACUUCACCACAUGUUAUAACCAGUUUGAUACAUGUAAUGGACAAAAAAUAGCAUUUCACAAGAACCAGCAUUAUCUAAUUAAUGCUAAUUUAGUCGCUUAUUAGUAUUUAGAUUACAUAAGAUAUUUACAUGUAUUUUAGCGCGGUUGUUAAUCAUCUUCUUGAAACUUAGAUUAGCUUUGUUUAGUAACCAGUGCCUGUGCAAUACGUGAAAACAUGCCUAAUAAUUAUAUCCAUGAAUAAAUACUGAAUUGUU